AUGUCUCUCUCACCGGUUGUCACACUGCAACAGCCACAGACCGUUCGUUCUGUCUCGUCACCUCUCAAGACGCUCGCUUCCGGACAGACUUCCUCCAAUGGCACUCCCAGACCCGCGGCUCAGCCGGCCCCAAAGGCGGUAGCCCCCGCCACCCUCGAUGUCGCCGAGCAGAUGAACGAGGAAGAGAAGCGGAAAUACAAGCUCGGUGAAGGUACCUACGCCAUAGUCUUCUUAGGCCACCUCCGCGCGAACCCCGCCGAGCUCGUCGCCAUCAAGAAAAUCAAGAUGCAGAAGGAGUACACAGAGGGCAUGCCCCCCGACGCCGUCCGCGAACUGAAGCACCUCCAAGAGCUGCACCACCCAAAUAUCAUCUCCCUCCAGUCUGUCUUCUCCUCCAAGGACCAGAACGUCAACCUGGUCCUCGAGUACCUGCCCCUCGGCGACCUGGAGAUGCUCAUCCGGGACACCACCAACGUGCACUACGGAGCCGCCGACAUCAAGGCCUGGAUGGGCAUGCUCGUCCGCGCCAUCUGGUUCUGCCACGAGAACUUCGUCCUGCACCGCGACAUCAAACCCAACAACUUGCUCAUCGCCGCCGACGGCGAGGUCAAGCUCGCCGAUUUCGGUCUCGCCCGCGGCUUCGGCGACAUCCACUCGUACAUGACCUCCAACGUAAUCACCCGCUGGUACCGGCCCCCCGAGCUGCUCUUCGGCGCCAAGCACUACGGCGGCGCCGUCGACAUCUGGUCCGUCGGCACCGUCUUCGCGGAGCUCAUCAAGCGCGCCCCCUUCAUGCCCGGCAACAACGAGCUCGAUCAGAUCAAGCUCAUCUGCGACGCCAUCGGAACGCCCACGGACGACAACUGGCCCGGCGUUACCACGCUGCCCGAGUACACCGUCCCCACGCAGAACCCCGUCCGCGGCAAGGACUUCUACAUGUAUCAGUUCGGCACCGUUGGCCCUGACGGCGUGGACCUGCUGAUCCGGACCCUCGCGCUCAAUCCCAAGAAGCGCAUUACCGCUCGUGAGAUGCUCAGCCACCCUUGGUGGCACGCAGAGCCCAAGCCUACGCGCAAGGAAGACUUGCCCCGGAAGGAUGGUGGAGAGGACAAGAUGGGUGCCGAUCUCAAGCGGCGCCCAGGCGUCGUUGAGGAAGAGAAAAGGGGUGCCAAGGUUGCGAGGAAGCUCGAUUUUGGCGGAGCCAAGUAA